AUGGCGAUAUACACAGCCCAGAUCCCAAGCGCAUACAUCGCCACCGUCUCAAUCGCACCCAACGACUUCGACGACGUCUUGCGCGAGUUCUCCAAGCACUACCAGAUCAAAUCCGGCUUUGGAAAAGCAGGGAGACCACCCAAGCUGCCCUUUAAACACCAAGCGUUAGCCCUGGUGCUGCACUUUUACACCGCUGCUUGUGAACCCAAGACCCUCUGUGAAGUGUUUGGCAUACCUCCGUCCACGCUGUCCGCUACAUGGCGAAGGCGGAAUAAGCCCUUGCAAAAGCACUGCGCUGCCUCCGUGAUGCUCAAGUCCGAUACCCAAGCAAGCAACUCCAACGCAAAUGGGCCAUCAAAGUCCGUGCCAGAGAGAGCCUUGUGCGUGGUGUGUGGGGCUUUUUAG